AUGGCCGAAUCGGUCCUCUCUGCCAAUCGGCAGCAACCCAAUGGCAAAACGUCUCCCUUCUCCCCUUGCAGGCACGCAGGUGGCGGCGAUGGCAGCGGAGGGGGACCUUUUUUGGAGUCUCCGCCCACCAAUCAGGAGCUGCUCCCAAGAGAAGAGCUGGACGGUAGGUGGCAGCCCAGAGAGGCCAUGCAGCAGGGUGGCAGCCCGGUGAGCGGAGAGGAUGCCUGCCCAGAUAUGGAAGGUGCAGGGGCUCCCCCACCAGUCGGGGUGAGCCACGUUUCCGACACCCCGGAAGGUGCUGGCGGUGAGGGUGGAGGCCAGAACUAUGCUGCAGAGGUGGACAUCCAGGAGGCGGGAGGCGGAGGGCAUCGGGGGUCCCAGGAAGACCUGUACUGCCAAGAAUAUUGUGAGCCUGGGGGCCAGAGGUGCAGGCCCCAAACUGGAGGAGGGGAGGAGGAAAGGCAGUUUGGUAAAAAGAAGCAUCGGAGGCGCCCCUCCAAGAAGAAGCGGCACUGGAAGCCUUACUACAAGCUCAGCUGGGAAGAGAAGAAGAAGUUUGACGAGAAGCAGAGCCAGCGUGCUUCCAGGCUGCGGGCCGAGAUGUUUGCCAAGGGGCAGCCGGUCGCGCCCUACAACACCACUCAGUUCCUGAUGGAGGAUCAUGACCAGGAAGAGCCGGACCUGAAGACUGGCCUCUACCCUAAGAGGUCCGCCACCAAGUCGGACGAUACCAGUGAAGAAGACUUCAUGGAGGAGGAAGACGGCGGCAGCGAUGGGAUGGGAGGGGACGGGAGCGAGUUCCUUCAGAAGGACUUCUCGGAGACCUACGAGAGGUACCAUGUGGAGAGCCUGCAGAACAUGAGCAAGCAAGAAUUAAUCAAGGAAUACCUGGAGCUGGAGAAAUGCCUUUCCAGGAUGGAGGAGGAGAACAACCGGCUGCGGAUGGAGAACAAGAAAUUCUCCGGGGACUCGGCAGAGGACGACAGGGUGAGGGAGCUGCAGCAGGAGCUGGACAGGUUGAGAGCCGAGAACCAAAAACUCUUGAAAGAGAACGAACUUAGCAGACAGCAAGAGCAGCCUCUUUCCAAGGCGAAAGAGUGAAGCUUGU